AUGCAGGACGGCCUUCCGCUAUGGCUAGAGAUCUGCGAGGUGGCGCGAGCGUUACGUGACAGCAGGCGAAAGCUGCUGGCAAACUGCCUUGCCAGCCAGCACUACAAUGAACAGCCUGGCCACACCCCUGGCCACACCCCUGGCUGCGCGCGGGUGAGCGCUACCAAGACAGCAGCAGCACAGAACGUGUCAUCUGUGGCUGUGCAAGCUGAGCGAAAGCAUGCAUUUCGCCGAUGCUACGGCACCGGAUUCACGUUCUUGUCCAUGCCGGACAGAGCGCACUGUGCGCUUCAGGCUGCUGCCGCAAGGCACAACACGCCAGAACACGCCCAACGUCCAACAAUUUGUGGUACUUGGGUGUUUGCCCAGCUUCUUCCCAAGGGCUUGGCUUUCCUGACAUGCGAGAGUUGA